GGAGUGGAAAUGGACGAGACCGAAUCACUAUCGAAGAUCCAAGCAAAGACAAGAUGAAGUAGUCCUCACUCUGGUAGGACGAAAGCGUGGAAGCCUAGUAUUGUUCUUCGAACGAUUUAGACUUUAAUUUCAUGAUCAUAGUACGUCAACUCACUGCUUAGUUGUGUUAGACUUAUCUACUUGACAUCAAUACAUAGCAUCCUGUUGUAACUUUAAAUUCAUGUCGACGUCGUUUGUCGCGAACUGUGUUGAGCGCUACAAUAUGGCGGACACUUCUUCUACUAGCGCCGGUUACCGGCCGUACCACGGUGGUCGUUCCGAAAUCUGGGGCUCAGAUCUCUGCUACGACUAUGAGAUGGGCCGUUCCACGUCCACGACACAAGCUUCACACCAGCAGUUCAACAAUCACAUGGUUAUGGCGGCUAGGUCUUAGUAGUAUGAGUAGUAGUCGUAGUAGUAGUUUUCCAAUCUCUUCGUCUACUGUCGUCCGACAAUGCUGGUCGAAUAACGCCGCACUUAACGGAGAGUGCCAUGUCUCACGUGAGGAUGACAUAUCGGUGUAUAUAUUAUAAUCUUAUGUUGUUGUAGGAUGAUGUUCUUAGUAGAAGUUGUUAUAUCCGAACAAGAUCCUCCCAAGAGAAGACGGGCUUCCCUUGACAGAACAAUUUUAGCUGCUCCUUAGCAAUAGAAUUCAUUGGGCUUGAACAAGGACGAAUACCUAGCGCAUGGGAUGACGAUGAAAUAAUACUAAAAAAAUACCUCGAGCAGCUCUAACAUCAGUUCACAUCUCACUGCAGACGGGGCUCCAGGACUAUUAGUGACGUCACUUUCUCACCCGCACCCGCUGCAAUCCCAGCACAGGCUUUCCAGCAGCAGCUGUUCGACUAGUAUGCACUCCUCCACCGCGCGAGGCGUGACAGAGAAUAACCUGUUCAUGACGCCAAUGCAGAACGGGAACAACAACUGCAUGAUAGACCAGUCCAUGAUGACGACAUCCUCGACUCCCGCAACAUCGAACAUGCUUUAUGACUCUCGUUGUAAGCAGUUCUAGAUCUUCUAGUUUUGCCCCAUUUUCUUUUGCCUUUUCUUUUUGUGUGGUACUGAUACUUCUAGCACCACCAGUACCUACCAGUUACAACUUGUCUAAGUCAUCGGGCCGGAUACGGUGACCUCUUCUGCUGUAAGUAACCUUUUCGGCAUGACGUCCGGUGGUCACGGAGCCGGCGUCCAGGACCAGCUUGGUGGCGCACCUUUUGGAACAUUUGGUACAGCAGUCAUUCACUUACAUAAUAUCGGUGUAGUUCUGAUUAGUUGUACCCCUGUUCUUGAUGCCAUGCAGGAGUAGUGAAGAAUUUCAGUUUCACUAGCACGAACAAGAUCAGAUGUUGACCUUCAUCUCCUCAUAAUUUCGUUCCUAGCUACUCCAGGCACAGCGCUCUUGAUGGGGGGUAAGCGAAGGAGCGAUGAGAUGGAGGAGCCUGCCUUAAAGCGGAUGCGCAUCGGCGACGUGAAUCCGAUCCAAAUGCAGUUUUCGUGAAGGGGGCUUGUCGAUGUGAUGUACUAGAUGCCGAAUUUCUGCACGACCCUUUCAACAUUACUAGUACCAGAUGGAGGUACCUAAUUGAUCCGCUGCCACGAGGACAGAUGAUGAUACCUAAAGAGAAAAGGGACGAAGCACGUGCUGGGAAACAACUUCCAAUAUAUAAGAGUCUGGAUUGUUGAAGAUGUUGCUGUUAGACGCUGACGCUGAGCUUUGGAAUUUUUUCAACGUGUGAGUUGCAGUUUAUAUCUUGUGGCGUCUGUAUUCUACCAUUCAUGAAAUUUGGGUGUAUUAUAAAUUCAAAAGAUCGCUAGUUGUACUCGUACUCCACAGCAAUCUUGUUGAUGAGCCUUGUCUUGCUCGUGUCCUAUUACUACGAAUAACAUUUACUAACACUAAGAUAUGAUGAUGAAUUUAUUAUAAAUAGAAAAUAAUUAUAAUGACAUUUUGAUGUAUACGAACUCAAAUUACCAUGGCUUGUUCUUGAAAGUACCCUCCUCGAAGAACUCCACCAAAGAACAGCUUAUCACAUUCAUUCAAUUUUGGUUUUGGUAAUGGUUUUGCAUGUUCGGCAUUUUCCAGCAGCCGAUCUUUUCAAAUUUUAUCACGAUGAAGGUUGAACAAGAAGUUGCAUGCGCCUUUCUUCACAUUGCAACCAUUGCAGGCAAUAAAGACGAAACUCGAUCGCUUCUGUAUCUAGGUAUUUGUAUUGGUAGGUCCCUUGGAAAUGUUUAUCUUGACUUUUGAAAAAAAAUAUUCAUGAUCUUGUUGUUGUACAUCAUGUCCGCCCGUUCGCCUGCAGAGAUGGGUCAUGACUUGUUUUUCUAAGAAAGAGGUUGACAAAAUUCGAUGACGUGAUAAUUCACGACUACAUCAAGUAGAGCGACUUUCACAGAACGAGAACGUGGAAAGAUAAUUUCGUUUGUGCAGAGCUAAUUUUCUUUCAUUGUGGUCAUCUUCCUCGGCUAGAAGACCCAAAGUGUCAUGGAUCCGACAGUAGGCAAUAACCCCAAUAAGGUUACACUUACAACAGUAUUUAGUCUUAGAGUUGAAGUUCUCCCUCUGCCUAUUUUUAAAAAAUAUCGUGAAAGCGCGUGAGUCAAUGGAUUUAUAUGGUAGAAAAGAUCGAGAUUGUUUAGCCUUCGUCAUUGUCAUACUGUUGUAUCUAAAUGAAUUUGACGAGCAGUUGUACUUCACUUGGUGUACCCCACCAGAACCGACGAAGAACCAAGAUCAAUUAAAGAAUAUAGAAGAUAUACGUUGGCUCAUCUAACUCUCAAGUAUGAGCAACCGGCAUACUAGAGGACACGAAUUGGUAGUUGUGAAGGCAGAAAAAUUUAUGAAGGACGAGCUUGAACUUUUAAAGUCUGGAAGGAACUGGAUUUUGCUCUGGUCUGAAAGACGCGAUAAAGUUUUUCAGACGUGUUGACCCCAAGGCUUCACCAACUCAACUACUACUAACUCAGAGGAGCAGGAGGUCAAAAGUAGAUGAUCGACCGAGCAAAAAGGAAAGCCAAUUUUUUGAUUGUAAUAGGAUUAAGACUACGAGUGACGAUACGACCGCACCAUGCCGGACUUGAUCGUGAUUAAUAAUCAUUUACAUCAGUGUUGCAACUUUAUAACUAUAUUUAUUCGGUUGAAUUCACAUUCAUUGCUUAUUCCCGGCGUCCGCCUUUCAGUUCAAUUUCAAACAAUGAUAAAACAAGGAUCAGCUUCUAGAGAAACGUUCUCGGAAAACACGCAUCAAUCCAUGACGAUCUUUCUGAAUGAAAUCACAGAAUUCUAGAAGGUUAAAUGAACGAUGAAUGAUCCAUGAUCAUGUCUGAAUUUGUGAUCACAUAUGUCGACACCGAUUUCGUUCAAGCUCUUAGAUCCGUCACUUUUGAUCUCGCCCAGAUAGAUGGCCCUGUGAGCCGAGCGCAGCUCUUUACAAAACAGGCUGUCGCCCCUGUUUUAUCCUAGCUCGUAGGCUCGGACCGGCUUCCCCGGUUCUUGCUCGCGUAAAUAAAUGCAUCACAGCAUAUGGACAGUAAGGAGUCAGAUUCAAG